CAAACAUCCUUCCUAAGUCCCAAACCUUAAACCCACCAAAAAUUUUCUCCGCUGGUGGGUUUAGGCCUCCCUCUGCAGUCCUCACUCGAGCUGCUUCCAAACUCCCUGCAAUUUAGCAAUUUUAAAGCCAUGCUUCCGUAGUCUGUGAUUUCUUCACUCCCCAUAAUAGAUUGCUCUAACAAUGAGGCAUUUUUAUUGCCGGCUCAUUUCUCAAUCUUUCCGGUGCUUACAAUUUAAUUACACGAAAACCCACGUCCCAAAACCCCCGAUUUUGAGUCCCAGAUUCUCGAACUUCACGACCGUAGCUGAGCAACCAAAGCCGCCGCCUGCACCGCCGGCUAAUGUGUCCGCAAUUGUAGAUGAACUUUCGGGACUGACGUUGCUUGAGGUUUCGGACUUGACGGAGGUGUUGAGACAGAAAUUGGGGAUUGAGGAGAUGCCGGUGAUGGCGGUUAUGAUGCCCGGAAUGGGGUUUAGUGGUGCCGGAUUAGGAGGAGCAAAGGGGAAAGGUGGUGGGCCGGCUGCCGCGGCCGAGGAGAAGAAGGAAAAGACGGCGUUUGAUUUGAAACUGGAGGGCGGAUUUGAUUCUGCAGCGAAGAUCAAGAUUAUUAAGGAAGUGAGAGCGUGCACUGAUUUGGGAUUGAAGGAAGCUAAGGAUUUGGUGGAGAAGGCGCCCACAUUGUUGAAAAAGGGAGUAACCAAAGAGGAGGCUGAGAAGAUUGUCGAGAAGUUGAAGCAGGUUGGGGCUAAAGUCACGAUGGAGUGAGGAUUUUUCCAUUUUCAAUGCCAGCAGCAUAACAACUUUUAGAGUUUCUGCUCUGCAACCUGAUUCUGCUGCAGUUGAUGUACUAAUGAAGUUAUUGGUUGAUAGGCAACACAUAUUAGUUUGACCUUUGAUCACCGAGAGUAGUAUUUCUGUAACUCCUUUUAUUAUGAUUAAACUCAAAGUGUAUGGUAAGCUUGAGUUACAUUUGUUACAGCUCUGCAACCGAAGUGAAGUAUUUCCAUUUGGGUUAGUUGUUCAAGCUGCAGACAACGCGUAAUGUUUUCUUGUUUAGGCUAGCUAUUAUGAAAUUCAACAGAUUUAAGAAGUUUCUUCCCAUACGUAAUUAGAUUGAGUCAAGGUUGUUACAUUUUUGAA